AUGGCGGCUCCGACUGGGCCUCUCACGCUGCCAACCGUGGUGGAGGAGCUGCUGAGCGAGAUGGCGGCGGCGGUGCGGGACGGCGCGCCGAUUCCUGAUGAGCAUCUGUUAUCGCUGAAAUUUGUCUUCGGCUCGUCAGCCGUCCAGGCCUUGGACCUAGUUGACCGCCAGUCCGUUACCUUAAUCUCCUCGCCCAGCGGAAGGCGUGUUUACCAGGUGCUUGGAAGCUCCGGGAGAACGUACACAUGUCUGGCUUCUUGCCACUACUGCUCAUGCCCGGCAUUCGCCUUCUCUGUGCUGCGGAAGGGGGACAGCCUCGUGUGCAAGCACCUCUUGGCAGUUUACCUGAGUCAGGUCAUGAGGACCUGUCAGCAGCUGAGUGUCUCUGACAAGCAACUGACUGACAUACUGUCAGCGGAGAAGACACAGGAAGCAUAA